AUGAGUAUGAUGGGAGAGUUAACUUUGUUCCUAGGUCUUCAAGUUCGUCAACUUGAAGAAAGUAUAUUCAUCAACCAGACCAAAUAUACCAAGGAUCUGUUAAAGAAAUUUGGAAUGGAAAACUGCUCGGCUACAGCUACUCCAAUGAGCUCCUCCAACAAGCUCGACAAGGAUGAAGAUGGCCAAAGUGUCAAUAUCACUGCAUAUAGAGGAAUCAUUGGUUCUCUACUCUAUCUUACUGCCAGCUGGCUAGAUAUCAUGUUUGUUGUCAGCGUCUAUGGAAGAUUUCAGGCUAAUCCUAAACAAUCUCAUUAUGACUAUACAGGGUGCAAGCUUGAUCGGAAAAGCACUAGUGGAACCUUCCAGUUCCUUGGUGAUCGUCUGAUCUCCUGGUUAAUAAAAAAGCAGACAUCGGUCGCCACGUCUAUAGCUGAAGUAGAGUACCUUGCUGUAGGUAGUUGUUGUUCUCAGCUCUUGUGGGUUCAACAACUGCUGAGGGACUACGCAAUUGAGGUAGAAGAGUCACCAAUUUUCUACAACAGCACCAGUGCUGUGGCAAUAUGUUAG